CUUGCCCUUGCCUUGCCUUACUGCAUUUCUCCUCCUUGUAUCCCUUUUUUUUGUGGCUGACUUGUAUUUGCGGGGCUGGAGCGGGUGUAUGUGUCCGUGUCACUAGGGUUAAAGCCAUGCCUGUCUGUACUGACUGCGGGGGGUCUGUGAUUGAGUAUGACGCCGCUGCUGGAAAUGGGUUCUGUGUAAACUGCGGGACGGUCAUUGAGGAGAAUACGAUCGUCUCCGAGGUUACCUUCGGCGAGACGUCUAAUGGGGCCGCUAUGGUGCAGGGAUCGUACGUCGGGCUCGGACAGACACGAGCUCGUAUGGGGGGACCGCUAGGGAACAGGGGAAGUACUGAAUCAAGAGAGCAGACGAUUGCAAACGCCAGCAAGAAGAUCCAAAGCAUCGCCAAUGUGCUGCGCUUAUCUGAAGUUGUCUGCCUAGCCGCGACGCGGCUCUACACCUUGGCAGUCGAGCACAAAUUCACCAAGGGCCGGAAAAGCUUGAACGUCGUAGCAGUAUGCUUAUACGUCGCCUGCCGGCAAAAAGAGACUCGGAACUACAUGCUCAUAGACUUCUCCGAUCUCCUCCAAGUCAACGUCUUCGAGCUCGGACACACCUACCUCCAGCUCGUACAGACGCUCAACCUUCGGCUCCCGCUUGUCGACCCGUCGCACUACAUCUCGCGCUUCGCCGCACUGCUCGAGUUCGGCGAGGAGACGCACCGCGUCGCGCUCGACGCGGUGCGCCUCGUGCAGCGCUUCGACCGCGACUGGAUGGCGCGCGGGCGGCGCCCGGCAGGCAUCUGCGGCGCGGCGCUGCUGCUCGCCGCGCGCAUGAACAACUUCCGCCGGAGCGUCGCGGAGAUUGUGCAGGUCGUGAAGAUCGGGGAUAUGACGUUGAGGAAGCGGCUGGAGGAGUUCAAGCGUACGGGCAGCGCGGCGCUGACGGUGAGUGACUUUAGGAAGGUGUGGCUGGAGGACGAGAUGGACCCGCCGGCAUUCACGAAAGGACGUGAAAAAGAGGAGAAGGAAAAAGAAGAGAGGGAGAGCGGUGGGAAGCAGAAGGAGAAAGAGAAGAGAAAGAAGAAGGGCAGGAAGAAGAAGAGGAAGAGAGGGGAGAUAACGGAUGAGGAGGUCGAAGCGGAGGCGGAGACGGAGCAGAUGAACGUCGACGCCAAUGACGAACACAUACACUCGCCACCGAUAGACCCAACACUUUUGAAUCAGGGCAUCCUCGCCGGGACUGUGACAGAGCCACCACUAGGAACGACAGGCCGCGCCCCGCUCUUUCUCCCCGAAGACCUCCCCGACGACCCUCUCCCCGACCCGAACAUCGACCCCGCCCUCCUAUCGCCUCCACAAUCCACUCUCAAUCCCAACCCGAGUACCUUGACCCCACCGCCGCCGCCUGACCCGGUCGAGCAGCAAGCGGACGAGGUCCUCGCGCAGGAGGUCGCGAGCUUUCUGCUGAAUGCGCAAGGGAGCCAGCUGAGCGAGGUCCUCGAGGACCGCGAGCGGCAGCGGCUUGCGCAGAUCGACGCCGGGGACGAGCUGGCGGGCCUGGACGAGGCGGAGCUGGACGCAUUCUUACUUACCGAGGAAGAGGUCAAGAUUAAGGAGCGCGUAUGGGUAGAGCUGAAUAGGGAUUACCUGGAGGCCAUCGCAGCCAGGGGCGAUCAGCAGGAGACCGGGCAGGCGCAGGCAAAGGCCAAGAGCAAGAAGCGCCGUAAGACGGAUAAUAAACCUAGGGAUGCAUCUACGCCCAGCGGCAGCACCCCCGCCGAGUCCGUCCGCAACCUCAUCAAAAAGAGCUCCAAGUACAGCAAACGGAUUAACUACGAUGCGCUCAAGGAUCUGUUGGACACCAAUGCCGUUACCAAUGCCCGGUCUUUGGAUGAGAAAGAGGACGACAUGUAUACCAUGGACGACAAGAGUGACGGCGAGGGGAUGAUGGUCGUCGAAGAAGAGGGCGGGGGCGGCGUGGGGUCGCUCAGUAGGGAGCCCUCUGAGAAACGCGCUCCAGUCCUAGCUCCAGAGGCAAUGGACGAAGAGGGCGGAGACGAGGAUGCUGAAGGCGAGGACGACGAUGGCAGCGAGAAGGGAGUCGAAUACGGCGGCUGGGAAGACGCGUACGAGCAAGAAAUCUGA